AUGCCCCAGAGCUCAGAAAAGUCAUCCUCCGAGGCUGUCUUUGAGUACAACAGCGAAGACUCAUCACCGCCCUCUGACUACGACGACUAUGAGACUGCAAUUAAGCACUUCCGAAACAGUCAAGUUCGACGUCAUUUGCGUACCUCAGAUGAUAGUGUUGUUCCGGUUUCGCCCUCCUCUUCUACUGCCAGUGAAUUCACUGCCAUUAUCGAGGAUCGUAGGGAUGCAAUUCUACUUCCUGGUUGUGAUCUCAAGACUGUCCACUUGAAUCCGGAUCUCGGUGUUACUGGUUUCGGCGAUGUCCUCGACGCCCCUCCGCUUGCAAUGACUGGAAGCCAGGAUGACAACUCGGAUGCUUCAAACGAAGUUGACAACUUUGAUCUCAAUGCAUCGGCAGAUAGACAAUGGUUUGAUGGUUGCAGUUAUUCUUGGCGUUUGAUGCGACUGGCCUUUGUUCAGCUCAUGGCACAGCAAUUGACUGGGUUGAUCAAGCUUCUCAAUCUUGACAAUGACUUUUUGACCACAUACGCACCGUCAUUACUCCAAUCGAAGGGUCUUUUAGACGAGUGGAUUAAGGGCUACACAGAAGAUCUGAGGUCGAGCUGCGAUGCGACUGAUAUGUUGAGCCUUGCGAUACCGAUCAAUCACACUCCGGAAAAUGACACCUUCAUUAACGACUUUGGCGGCCGACUGGGGGCUACACUGGAUGAUUCUCCUGAAUCUGCCCUUCCCUCUUCCACACGUCGAGCAAUGGCCAGAAUGGCAUACCUUCUGAAUCCUGCAAUGUCACCAUUUCAGACUCGCAAUCCCUUUUCCCUACCAGUGAAACGUCUCUGGUUCUGUCUUAUGAGUAAGCCGGGCUUAGGUGAAACAUUCGUGCGUUGGAUCUAUCACCCUGGAGACUCUGCCCGCCUUUCCCUCAAGUCGAUAGAGCUUGAAGCUCCUCGCAGGUCUUCCUCCAACGCAAAUGUCUCCGCACCGCUUUCGCCGCCUGGAAGAGGUGUACCCUGUGAUUCGGCUUCAAAGUUAACCAUGAAUUCUAAGGGUAAGUUCUCCACUCCUCCAUUCGGCUACUGUGCUCCAAUGAUUGUGGCUCACCCAGUUUCUCCUCUACUAUUCGAUGGGUCUCCUAAGGUUGGUUAUCAGUACGUGGCUCUGGCAACUCCCAAACAGCUCAUCGAAAUUUCGGUGACAAAUCUUCUCACACCCGCUGAUUGGCUUUUCGACGACUUCGAGUACGACCUUGAGUCUAUGCGAAAUCCAUAUUUAAAAUCUCACCGCCGGGCGUCUGUAAACGACUUCAUUCUCUGCGAAAAGACACCGCUCGACUUAGUCGACCAGUCUCAUGAAUCGGGUGAGGUCGGCUCUCAGGGUCUUCGGGGCCUAAACUCGCAGAUUUUUCGAGGUCUAAUCAACACUCCGGCAGCUAACCUUUCGGAACACAUUCUGGAAAUCAGUCGGAGGGUAGCCCCAACGGUGCUCAAACGUUCCGUUAAUGGCGUUCAGAAACUGUCUGCACAUCCUUUAGUCCCUUUUUAUCUCUGUGGAACUGCUUCGGGCUCCGUACACGUGCUGGAGUGGAAAUCGGAAGAACCUGUGGUCUCGAUGCUGACAAACACAUUCGUACUCACACCUCAGGGUCUUAAUGCUCCACUCUCAACCGGAGUUAGGGGAAAUCCGGUCUCCGUGUUGCACAUUGACACCUCGGGCAAAAGGUUCGGCUGCGGUGACACUAACGGAAAUUUCGGCCUUUGGAAUUUCGAUUUUAACGGAUCCAACAGUCACCCAUAUUUCAACUGCCGUUGUCAUGGCAAGGGCGUACUUGAUUUUGCCUUUCUUGAAGGCAGUGCCAUGACAUUUGCGACCGUUGGUGUAGGUGGAGCUCUUCCCUUCACCACGGGGACUGCUACUGGUCCCGGAUCGACGGUCAUCUCGACGCCAACUCGACCAGGGAAGCGAACUAUGGCACAAUCAGAACUAGAGGCGGCCAAUUUGAUCAUUUGGGAUGCGCUUCUACCCCCAACCUGUGCGGCAGUUAUGGCUUUUGCGGAAUCACCUCUGGAUACCGCGUGCACCUGCGUAACAAGUGUUCCUUCGUGUUCAAACGAGCGUCAACUAGCUAUAGGAACAAAGCGUGGUGAAGUUGCCAUUUUGGACCUACGACGCCGACCCGCUACAACCCUCUUCAACGCAUCAGCUCAUGAAGGAUCUGCCUUACGCUCUAUCUCCUGUGAUAGUGCCACAGAUACUCUCACCACAGCCGGCGCCGACGGUCUCGUUAAAGUUUGGCGUCUCUCUGAUCCUUGCCACCUGCUGGCCACAUUCCGUUCCGAUGGUCUCGGCAGCCAUGGCAGCCGAGCAGCCGCCGCAGCAUCCAUAGCAGCAGCCGCUCUUUUCCGUGGUAAUCAGUCGGCGGCUGUCGCCGCAGCCAGUCGCCCGGGCAUAUCCGAGGUGUUGCCGCUGCCCUCAACCUCUACCGCUGAUGAAACCGAAAGCCUUCAACUCCUUACUACUCGCUUCCUCGCCUGUGGCGUCGACGGUUGCCUCCAGCUCUGCUCCGUCACUCCCCAGCCUGAGCCCAUUUGGCUAAGCAAAUAA